AUGGAAACUCCAGGAAAUGGGCGUUCGCUUAUAGAUCCGAAUUAUUCUUCCGUGACAUUUUUUGAUAAUUCAAAACCCCGAGAGGAGCGUAAUUUCAAAGAAAUAUAUCCUGACCUCGAAGAAACAAAUCAAUUGAAAGUCUUCGUACUUGAUAAUCAAAAUGAUAAUAAUAAUGAACUGCAUGAUGAAGCAAGGACAAUAAAUAACUUAGAUUUAAAAAAACCUUUAUUUCGAGUGACCUCUAAGUCUGACAAGAUAGAUCAAAAUAUUAAGUUCAGUAAAACGGUCACAGAAUAUGGAUUUCAGGAGCCCAAUAGAUCUAGCCACAAGGUACCGUCGUCGACAUACAUACGGCCAUUCUCGUUGAAUGAAAAUGAAAAAAUUGAGGAUAUGAUUAUAAAGAAAAAAAACCAGGUUGAAUAUGAUAUGGAUGAACAAGACGACUUAUAUCUACAGCAUCGAAACAGUCAGGCCAAAAAUACGAUCAAGUUGACACCAGAAGUGUUCGAGAUUCUAAUAACCAUACUCGAGAAUGAAUGGGAUAGCUUGGAGAUACAAAUGUCAUCUAUUUCUUCCACGGAAGAUGAAAAUAACAGGCUAUUAACAUUGGACGAAGGGUUAGAUAAUAACAAAUACGGUAACGAUGAUGGGAUCGUGUUAGGGUCUGUAGUGGAACAGAAAUGUGCCGUAUGUAACGACAGUGACUGUGACAACUCAAAUGCUAUAGUGUUCUGCGAUGGUUGUGAUAUUGCAGUGCAUCAAGAAUGUUAUGGUAUUGCAUUCAUUCCCGAAGGCCAAUGGUUGUGCCGUAAAUGCAUGAUCAAUAAAAACAGAGAAAUAGAUUGUGUAUUCUGUCCCAGUAAAACAGGAGCUUUCAAGCAAUUGGAUAAUAGUUUGUGGAGUCAUGUCAUAUGCGCAUUAUGGAUAAAUGAGUUGUACUUCGCUAAUCCAAUCUACAUGGAACCAAUUGAAGGGGUUGAUUUAAUUCCGAAAAGUAGAUGGAAAUUAACGUGUUAUAUAUGUAAACAGAAGGUUGGUGCUUGUAUUCAAUGCUGCAAUAGAAGUUGCUUCCAAGCUUACCAUGUAACAUGUGCAAAAAGGGCAGGUCUCUAUAUGAAUUUAACAAAAGGCAUACAAGGAGCUAUAACUAACAAAACCACCUUGAAAUCUUUUUGCGACAAGCACUCACCAUCAGAUUGGGAUCAAAAUGAAUGCAUUAAAGGUAUCAAUAAAACAAGAUUGUUCUACAGAGAUAUUACCAUAUUGAACGACCAGAAUGCAAAGUUGACUAAAAAUCAAAAAAAGGCCAAUAAAUUAAACACAUUCAAAUGGAAAACUGAAAACAAUACGCCGAUCCCCCCUAAACUUCUCAGUGAUAAAUUAUAUGGUGCAUUAAUCAAUUUGAAGGUUGAAAGUCAGCCAAGCGUAACUCAACUGGCCAAAGUAGCCAUGUUAAAAGAUCUUGGGUAUAAGCCUAACAGAAGUCGGGAACAAAUAUUGCAAGAAAUCCGGGACAUGAGCAACGAAAUAUGUCGUUACUGGUGCUUGAAAAGAGAAUCAAAGAAGGGAGCCACCUUGAUCAGAAAGAACAAUAACAUGAUCGCUACAUCUUCCAUCGUCUACGGCAAUAGUAACUACGAGGAAAUCAAUAAUAAGAUUGAAGUUGCCAAUAUCCUCAUUAAUGAUCUUGACAAGGUUAUUGGGUUAACAUCCGAUAACCUUUCACGACAAGAGAUGAGUAAACAGGCGUCCGAUUUAGAUAUAGUUAUGGUAGACACCGUAUACUUCCCAAUUAAGCGCCUCCUCGACAUCCAAUUCUCAAAGCUCGACAAGCUCGAUACCAACCACCUCUUGAUCAACUACCGGUCCAAAACUGGCGCCCAUUUGACCUGGAGCCAGAUAAAACACAAUAUUGAUACCUACGAGUACACCUCAGUCAAGGAAUUUGAUGCUGAUGUAGGCGAAUUCUAUCACAUGGUACUCAAAGAAAACAAAUCCACAAACAAUAUAAUCCGCGGAAGCAAACGAAUCUACAAAGAGCAUCGUAACUCGUUGCCUCACCUAACUGAGAUUGAGAAGAAAAUCCACAACGACUACAACGAUGGCACCCUUAAAGUGCCGUUUGUGGAAGUUCAUGGUUCCUCAUUAAGAUUCACCGACUACGAUCCUAAACAAAUAAUUGAACUUAACGAUCUCAGUGAGGUGGAAGAAGCUUCCGAAAACGACAACAUUUUACUACAGAACUUUAUUAAAGGCAACUAG